GUUGCGAGACAAAUACGUGAUUUGGGCGGCAUUUUCCUGUGGGUGGACAGAUUCAAGGUGAUGUGAUCCCUUAAAGUACACUCAACCUCUUCACUCCUCAUGCGCCUUGACGCCAAUAACAUGCGGUAAAUUGUUUGUGUGGAAAACAAUACGAGACAGCGUGAUAAAAUUAGAGUGAAUCUAUCGAGCUUCAUUAUCUGUUUGUCGUCUGUUUGAAAUCUCGAAGGAUGAGGAUUUGCGCAGACGCUGCAGCAUCCUUCAUCACUUGUGAGAUGUCUAUAAAACCCACCUGCAUCCGCAGCUGCUGUGACAGUGAGUGGAGUGGCGGUGAGAGAUGCUGAAGGAGAGGAUAUCGAGGAUUUUCAGGCACUUCUGUGGUCACUCACUUGAUGACUUCACGUCCUUCGUGAGCCUCACGAGGCUUCUGCACACACCAGUCGAUGGAGCGAGUCUGGGAGUGGGCAGAAUGCUCUUCGGACUGAUGAUGAUGAUUGACAUCCCGGAGGAGCGGUCAGGAGGAGAUCUGGACUAUCGAUGGGGAAAUCCAAGAGACUGUCGCUUUCCACUCUUCAACUUCCUGGCGCCUUGUUCGCUGCCGCGAAUGGGGAUUAUUUACGGUGUGAUGUGGUUGGGAGCACUGGGAAUAUUCCUGGGAUUCAAAUACCGCCUCUCCUGCCUCAUGUUCAGCCUGCCGUACUGGUACGUCUUCCUCCUGGACAAGAGCAGCUGGAACAAUCACAGUUAUCUCUAUGGACUGCUCGGGAUUCUCUUCUUCUUCACAUCAGCCAACAGAUUCUGCGCUCUGGACACUACUCGACGCAAGGAAGUGCCUUUCUGGAACUACUUUCUGCUGAAAUUUCAGUUCUUCAUCCUCUACUUCCUGGCUGGACUGAAGAAGCUCUCAACUGAGUGGCUUUCAGGCUAUUCAAUGACCAAUUUGGGAUACCAUUGGGUGUUUGCGCCAUUCCGUGUGUUCCUUGGCGCGGAUCUGACGGAUUUGCUCAUCAUCCACUGGUUCGGAUUCAUCUUUGAUCUCACCAUUGCCUUCUUCCUCAUCUGGCAACGAUCUAGACCACUGGCCAGCUUAGUUGCAGCGGCUUUUCAUCUCAUGAAUUCUCGACUCUUCACAAUUGGGAUGUUUCCGUGGGUUUGUCUCGUGGAAAUGCCCCUGUUUUACUCUUUUGACUGGCCGAGGAAGAUCUUACGGAAGGGGAGUUCUGAGAAAAAGCCUCAAAAUGUCCAGAAGACUGUGAAAGAAGUCACCAGGAAGGAGAGAUCAACUGCCAGAUGGAUUCUUUGCUACAUGGCUCUUCAGUUCUUCCUGCCCUAUUCGCACUUCAUCACGAAAGGCUACAACAACUGGACGGAGGGACUUUAUGGCUACUCCUGGGACAUGAUGGUGCACUCCUGGGACACUAUCCUCAUCUCCAUCAAAGUGACGGACAAGACAAAUGGCCACACACUCUAUCUGGAGCCUUAUGCCUUCUCAGAGACGGACAGAUGGACCAAACAUGCCGACAUGGCUGUCCAGUACGCUCAUUGUGUCCACAAGAACCUAAUCCAGGGCGUGGCGGAGAGCCAGAGGACGGACAUUGACCCAGAGAACGUGGCGAUUUUCUUCGAUAUCUGGUGCUCGAUGAACAAGCGCUUUCAGCAGCGCGUCUUCGAUCCAAGAGUGGAUCUUCUCAAGGCGGAUUGGUCGCCUUUCCGGGAGACAAAGUGGGUUCUUCCGCUCCUCAGCGAAUUGACCUACUUGAGACCACGGAUGAAGGAGAUCACAGAGGAUGUGCUGUCGUGGAGCAACUUCACAGACAUCAUGUUCAUCGCUGACUAUCCUGGACUCCAAAUGGAGAAUUACAUUUCCAAGGAUCUGGACAAUGUCACCAUCACCUGUCUCGAUGGCAGUAUCAAAGUGACUUCCGAGGAUUCCCAGGAAUCCGUAGCACUCUUGCCACAGCAAUCUUUGCCACUGUCUUCGGGCAUCUUUCAUUCAGUUAGAGUUAUGAGCGAAACUCCCGCUUGCUACAUGUUCAUCUACCAAAAUCGCACCAUGAAACAUCUGACGGAAGAAGGAAGUCUUCCGGCGGAAGAGGAGCGCCCUCUGCUGCCCAUCGUGGCAGAAAUCAGCCACAGAUUGGAGAACUUCGUGAAGUUCUGCAUGCACGUGGGAAAUUCACUUCUGUAUGAAAUCUACGGUGUGCCAAUGCCGAUGAGAAUUUAACCCUCAUCAGACCCGAAGAAAGCACAGUGAAAUUUAGGGAAUUUAGGUCGUAUUUGCAACGUUGGAUCCAAAUAUAAGUAUUGUAAGUCCCAAAUAAAAGGAUAUAGAAAGCGACGUUUGCGAUGGAAGAUAUUUUAAAAUGUUUAUUCAAGUUUAUUAGUAUAAAAAUUCUUAGCAUAAGAGCACAAGCUCAGAAACCAUGAUCACUUCAGCCUUAGUUCAGAAACCUUACCAUAUCGAUAUCAGCACUCUCACGCCUUGGUUUGACAAUUCAAUAAAGAAGGUUAACAACCAAUUAAGACAUGCUGAAAGAAAAUUACCUUCGCAUUGUUGCACCUUUGUCAAUUCUUUAUCUAGCCUGAAAAAGACUGCAUUUAUUGCUCACUCAAGUGCAGUUAAGUCACCCAAAACGACAUUGUUGACGACAAGUGCGGAUCUGUGUGACAAAAAGGUCUUAUCUAAUAAAUUUCUUGUGUUUGUCUAAUUUACUCAAAAUGUCACUUUAUAGCAUCAUUAAUUACGACCUGGUGUUGCCACCAUAAAAGGUGACGACAGUGAAAUGUGGCGAGGAAUUUGAGGAUGAUUGGCGUGGCAGAAAGUUGCGCAACAGUCAAUUUGCUGCUGCACCGAGAAGGCUCUAGAAAAGGUAAAAAAAAAUCAUACACAUUUUGCUCCUUUUUUAUUGCAAAUUCAAUCAACUGAUCCUCACGCUGAACAGAGAGAGAGAUCACAUGACUGUCUCGACGGAUAAGCUCGUGUGGACUGUCGAAUAGUACAUAAAGAGAGCAAUUCCAUGACAGUGAAUCAUGUCCCUACUGUCGACGGAUAGCUCUCUUUAUUUUCAUAUUCGAGACAAGGUGAGGCUGAGUAAUCCUUUCUUAAUCCUGCGCAGGCACAGCAAAAAAUCACUCUCUCACUCGCCAUCGCGACCAAGAUCUCACAGUUGGUGCGUAGUUUGGGGCACAACUAGAGUGCUGAAUUGUACUUGAGGGAGUGAAUUGGCGAUACUCGCGCAUUCACGACUCCACCGUGUGACUGGCAGUACAUUGGAAUAUUGGGAAGAAGUGUGUUGGCCUCCGCUGUUAUCAUUUUCCACAAAAGCACCACCAAACAUCUACUGCCGCCUCUCCCCACCCCACUUGCCACCUUUUCUGUGUCACCUGAGCCCGCGGCCGAGGCGGGGCGCCGCGGGGCCACUGAUACACAUGUCCGUGCCGGAGAACAUUUUAUUAUCGUCUUCGCUGCUCCACUUGUAGAUGUGCCUCAAUUAGGAGAGAGUGGGGCGCUUUGGCCUCUUUCUUACCCCACAAAUUGCCUUCGUCAUCAGGCUUUUUUUUACACAAAUACAAGCAAAAGAAGAUGGAAAUGAAAUGCCAAAAGUCGUAGAAAUUUAAUUAAUUCAUGCCUGAAUAUCAAUUUACUGAUUUCGCUAAAAUAAAACCUGUUAACUGCGUCUUUUAUCACAUUUAAUCUUAAUUUAAGGAGAAUUGGUCAAAAGUGGAAUAGAAUUUUAUGGAAGCACAUUAAUUAGAGCUUCUGUAUUAUCAUUUUCUUCUAAUAGACAAAAUAUAUUGAAAAUACUAUCCCAAAGUAGCCCCGCACUUCCCUUUGCACUGUACAUAAAGUAAUACAAUUGACUGUGGAAAAGAGACACAGUUUAACGCUCAAGAUAAGUGCUUACACGACAUUUUCCUGCUCAUCUUCAAUAAAAAUUGAUCUAAUGGAGUGUCUUGUGGCCUCAAGACACCUUCAAUUCCUAAUAUUCUCUGUCCGCAAUUAUCACUUGUCUGACCCUUUGCGUCGCUUUAUCAGCAAGCAAGAAAGUCACACGAUUUUGAUACGAUUCCUCGAUUACACCUUUGCGUCUCUUCACACAUAUAGACACCUGAAAGGGUGUGACAAAUUGAAGAGAUAUGGCAAAUAUUUAAUUUGAUUGCUCGACUUGAUUA